UAACCAAAAUGCUAAUGCUUGGUCCUCCCCGUCAUUGACACUAGUUGCACCAUACACUGACUGAAAACGGAUAAAAGUUUGUUGUUUGCUGUAGUAGCAACAUUCUCUGCGGGGGAACCGUGCACGAUGGCCGGGCGAGUGUGUAGUUUCAGUCGUCAAACGCUGUUGCACUCUUUGAGCCGAUCAUGGACACUUAGGCCCACUUGUCCAGUGAGUUCCUGGAAACGAGCACCGACGCACACACAUGCACACAGUUCCUCCAGCGUCCGACUGGAGAGGGAGGGAUCAGAUGUGGAGUCAGAUGAAUUCCACCAGCCACCGCAAUUUUCCCAUUCUGCCAUCGGAGCGUUCUUUCAGGAACGACCGAUCCUAAAGAACCCAUUUACACAGGAUUCCCUGCUGAAGGCAUACCUACGGAGACAUCUCCCUCUGCAGGAGGUCCAGUCUGAGCUCGGUUCGUUCGGAGAGCGUGUGGCGUGUGAAAUUGACUCUUUGGGUCGAGAGUGUGAGGAGAACCCCCCUCGACUGCAACAUUACAAUGCUUGGGGUCAAAGGGUUGAUCGCAUCAUCACCUGCCCCGCCUGGGCACGCCUCAAAGAAAUCUCCGCCCACGAGGGACUGGUUGCUGCUGGUUACGAGAGACACUAUGGAGAGUGGAGUCGUGUGUAUCAGAUGAGUAAGCUCUACCUGUUCUCUCCGUCUGCCGGACUUUACAGCUGUCCGCUGGCAAUGACUGAUGGUGCCGCCAAAGUCAUCCAGACUUUGCCUAUUGAAGAUGCUUUUCUGCGCCUUACGUCUCGUGAUGCAAAGAUGUUUUGGACGUCGGGUCAGUGGAUGACCGAGCGUAAAGGGGGCUCUGACGUAGCGACUGGUACAGAGACAGUUGCAAGGCGACAGUCUGAUGGUAGCUACAGUCUUCAUGGCUUUAAGUGGUUUACAUCGGCAACAGACGCUGAUGUCACCCUCACGCUGGCACGAGUGGUUGACCAACAUGGCCACACCACGCAGGGCAGCCGAGGAUUGUCUUUGUUCUUCGGGAAGGUUUGGGGAGAGGAUGGGCGUAGUAAUGGAGUGGAGGUCCAGAGGCUGAAGGAGAAGUUGGGGACCAGACAAAUGCCGACUGCAGAACUUCUCCUGGAUGGCAUGAAGGCUCACAUGCUGUCUGAAGAAGGGAGGGGUGUUGCUUCCAUUGCAAACAUGUUGACCAUCACACGCAUUCAUAACACAGUAUCUGCUGUGGCAGCUAUGAGACGAAUAGUUCAGUUGAGCCGUGAAUAUGCCACCAAGAGAUUUGUUUUUGGAAAGUUCCUGAAGGAUCAUCCUCUGCAUGUCCAAACCAUGGCAAGAAUGGAGGUACAGACGCGUGCUGGGUUUCUGUUGAUGAUGGAGGUGUGUCGUUUGCUCGGACGAGAGGAGACAGGCUCCGCCUCACACACAGAACUUCAUCUACUUCGCCUUCUGACCCCUGUUGCCAAACUGUACACGGGCAAACAGGCGGUGGCUGUUUUGUCAGAGGGUCUGGAGUGUUUUGGUGGUCAGGGUUACAUUGAGGACACUGGAUUACCCAUGAUGCUCAGGGAUGCCCAGGUGCUCAGUAUUUGGGAGGGAACCACAAAUGUUUUGGCCUUGGAUGUUCUGAGAAGCAUUGCUAAGUCCUCCGGCCGUGUUUUAGAGGCUUUUUUUUCUGACGCGAAGACUCGUCUCUCGGUUGCGGCAUCUGUCCCUGCGUUGACUCCAGCGGUUCAGGCACUGGGUGAGGCACUGUCCAGACUGGGAGAGUUUGUUCAGGCGUCUUCACACAAACCAACAGCUACCAUGGAGCUAGCCGCACGAGAUCUGGCUUUCAGUCUGGCCAGAGUCUAUAUGGGAGCUCUGUUGGUUGACCAUGCGGCCUGGGAUGGAGCAUCUGCAGAUGAUAUUUAUGCAGCUCUGAGGUGGACAGAACAGGACCUGUGUCCAGUGUUCAAUGCAGAUUUGAAGGGAAAUUAUAGCACACAGAGUGCCCAGCUGGACAGUGCUUUAGUUUACGCAGGGAGUGAUCUUACAAACUGAUACACACUCUCCCUCUGUGCAGGGAACCAGACAUGUCCAGGCUUCUUUGUCCUCUGCGCAA